CACCAAAACCCUAUUCCCCUCCGCCGCCUAGCCGCCUAGCCGCCAUGGGCUCCGCCUCCGCCUCCUCCCUCCCGACCACCGCCGGCGCUGGCGAGAACUUGGUCCUCAUCCUCGACUUCGGCUCGCAGUACACCCAGCUCAUCACCCGCCGCGUCCGGCAGUUGGGAGUCCUCUCACUGUGCGUCUCCGGCACCGCGCCGCUCUCCUCCCUCACCGGGUUACGUCCCCGCGCUGUCAUACUCUCCGGAGGACCCCACUCCGUCCACGCCUCGGGCGCGCCCUCCUUCCCCGAGGGAUUCCUCGAUUUCGCUGCCGAAGCUGGCGCGCAUGUUCUGGGCGUGUGCUACGGUAUGCAGCUCCUAGUUCAGUCCCUCGGCGGCGCCGUCGAGGCUGGCGAGCGGCAGGAGUACGGCGAUACGGAGGUAGAGAUUACUGCGACGUCCUCCGCGCUGUACGGCGAGAGCGGGGUGGGGAACAGACAGUCGGUGUGGAUGAGCCACGGCGACGAGGUGGUCAGACUGCCUCAGGGGUUCGAGGUUGUGGCACGAAGUGUGCAGGGCGCAAUCGCGGCCAUCGAGCAUCGGGAGAAGCGUUUUUAUGGACUCCAGUACCACCCGGAGGUGACACAUUCGACCCAAGGAAAGGAAACACUGCGCCGCUUUCUUUUUGAUGUUUGUGGGAUUAAAGCUGACUGGAAGAUUCAGGAUGUGCUGGAUGAGCAAAUUAAGACCAUCAAAAGUAUGGUUGGGACUGAUGAACAUGUGAUUUGCGCGUUAUCAGGAGGAGUUGAUUCGACAGUUGCAGCCACACUUGUUCAUAACGUGAUAGGUGAUAGGCUUCAUUGUGUUUUUGUCGACAAUGGUCUAUUGAGGUAACCGUUCCUUCAGCAUGUUCUGCUUCGAAAUCAGUAUGCAGCUAAACUAACAUAUGAUCUUAUCUGCAGAUACAAGGAGAAGGAACGAGUAAUGUCAACCUUUAAUAGUGACUUGCACCUUCCUGUCACAUGUAUUGAUGCCUCGGAGCAAUUUCUUAGCAAGUUAAAAGGAGUCAAAGACCCAGAGAUGAAAAGAAAGAUUGUUGGCAAAGAAUUCAUAGCUGUCUUUGAUGAAUUUGCUCACAUGUUAGAACAGCAGACAGGAAAAAGACCUGAAUAUUUAGUUCAAGGAACAUUAUACCCUGAUGUGAUUGAAUCAUGCCCACCCCCUGGGAGUGGUAUGACACAUUCCCACACCAUCAAAAGCCAUCACAAUGUAGGUGGUCUUCCUGAAGAUAUGAAAUUGAAGCUCAUUGAACCACUGAAGCUCCUAUUUAAGGAUGAGGUGCGGAAGUUGGGCAGUAUCUUAAAUAUCCCAGAGUCAUUCUUAAGGUGACACCCAUUUCCUGGGCCUGGUCUUGCUGUACGUAUCCCAUCAGGUGAUGUUACAGAAGGCAAUGCUUUGGAGGUUCUUCGUCAGGCGGAUGAGAUAUAUGUUCAAGCCAUUAGAGAUGCAGGACUCUAUGAUACAAUUUGGCAAGCUUUUGCUGUGCUUUUGCCUGUCGAAACAGUUGGGGUCCAGGGUGACCAGAGAACUUACGGCUAUCCGGUUACUUUAAAGGCAAUUACCAGUGAGGAUGGCAUGACUGCAGAUUGGUAUUAUUUUGAACGCAAGUUCCUGGCCGAUGUGUCGAAUAGGAUCUGCAACAAUGUGCGAGGUAUUAACCGUGUUUGCCUGGAGAAAACAUCGAAGCCACCAGCGACAGUGGAGUGGGAAUAGCCUGAUAGUACACUAAAGGACCGGGAAUCGCAAAUCAUGCUCAGAUGUUGCAUCAUUUGAGUGGAUGUUCUUAUGCUGUGAUCAUUUAACACAUAACGCCAAUUACCAGAUCAUUGUUUAGGGCUCCUAGAUGAAUCUCCUUGCCGUGAAAGAUGAUCAAAGCUUUGAAACUGCACUUAUAAAUGUUCUUUCUAUUAUUAAAUUAUAUUUCCCCGCCUUUCUAGAGCCUUUUGGACGGUUGUAUCUAGCAAAUUUAUAGCAAUACCACAUAUGUAAUGCAAGUGUAAUAGUAUAUGUUAGCAGUGAUGGUUUUAGCAAAUUCAAAAUCUCUUGUAAACCAUUAUGAUACCACUUUUGAUGGCACUAUGUUGGUCUAAUGACAACUAUCAGUGC